CAAAAACAAUAACAAAGACACGUUCCUUGAAAUCAAGUAUGUCAUACUCAGGGUCAUAGUUCGUUUUUCCAAGCAGUGGUCACGUAUUUAGAAUCAAAACAUUGAGCCACAGUGCUGCGUUUAUGGUUUUGUCCUAUCUCUGGCAUCAAUAAAUAUUGAAAAAAACAACCUUAAAAUGAUAAGCGUAACCGCUUCCUUGCGCGCAGCCGUACCAUCACUUCUAUUUGCAAACCUGCAAAAUGUCACGAAAAAAGCAGCUAUAAUAAACAUUGGUACAAAACUAUUUAGCUCCUGUACUAAAAGACAAAAUAAUCAAAGUUUGCAAGAAAACUCUAAAAAGCAAUUAUUGAAAUUAUCGGCAACUAGGAUAAAAAUGGAUCGUCACUGUUGUUCACAUUCCGGCCUCUUUGGUAAUGACUUAAUCUUUAGACAGCUUUUAGAGUACAAAUCCUACACAUACACCUACCUGUUAGCAGACAAAGUGAGCUUAGAUGCUGUUAUCAUAGAUCCUGUAAUUGAGACUGUUGACAGAGAUGUGCGACUGGUUCGUGACCUGGGUCUCAACCUGCUUUAUGCUAUAAACACACAUGUACAUGCAGACCAUAUAACAGGAAGUGGCCAGAUAAGAAAUCGUAUUCCAACUUGUAAAAGUGUCAUUGCUGAAGUCAGCAAAGCAAAAGCAGAUGUUCAUGUAAAAGAAGGGGAUCACCUUAAAUUUGGAAAGUUUGAACUUGAAGUUCGCAGUACACCUGGACAUACAGAUGGAUGCUUGUCUUUUGUUUUGCACGACAAGUCAAUGGUGUUCACAGGAGAUGCUUUGCUCAUCCGAGGAUGUGGGCGUACAGAUUUCCAGCAAGGGAGCGCAUCCACUCUGUAUGACUCUGUUCACAAGAAGAUCCUCUCCCUGCCUAAAAAUUUCAUGAUCUUUCCUGGACAUGACUACACUGGUCAAACCAUGUCAACUGUUGACGAGGAGCUGAGGUUCAACCACAGGUUAACACGAUCUAAGAGCGAGUUUAUCAAAAUAAUGAAAGAGCUUAAUCUACCAUACCCUUCACAAAUAGAGAAAGCUUUACCCGCCAACAUGGUUUGUGGCUUGUAUGAAGUGCCCAAUUGAGGAAAUAUAUUUAAGAAAAAAAAGGAUCUCUCUCUUCAUCUCAUUGUCUACAACAAAAUUUUUAUGAAAUUAUGAUUAUAUUUUCCGAUUAGUAUGCCAUUAUAGUUGAACUGUAUAUGUUUCCAUAGUUAACAUUUCCCAAAUGCUUUCAUAUGCUUGUAUUGAAUAUUGUGUUGUAUUUUUUUUUAUUUUACAAGGUUAAAAUUUCAAGCUUUGUUUUUUUUUUCUCAUAUUGGUAUGUUGAAAAUACAAUUUGCUUUAUUUAUUAUGUGAUUUAUCACAAAAGAUUAUUUAAAAUUUUUUACUUUCCAUAAAAAAUUAAACAAAAAAAAAACCAGGGAGUUGAGCUGUCUACAUGACUGAUAUUGUUUUGUGCCAAAAUAAUCUUUGAUUUGGCUUAUCCGUUUGAUUUAUGUUUUUGAAAAUCUUUUACUAUUAUGUAGUGUUCACAAAAACAAUAUUUUUUUCUAAUUUAUAGCCUUGUUGCUUUAUCUGAAAUAUUAUCUGUAAAUAAGGGCUAUAAGGUUUGUUAGGUAUUUGUCCUAUUGUUGAAUACUAAUAAGAGGUUAUGAUCAAAUUUUAAUUCAAUUUUUUUCCAUACUUAAAUAGAAUUUUAAUAUAUUUUCUCUUUUGAUUAAUAAGUUUUCAACUAAGAUAUUUUUUGUAUAUUUAUGCCACUUUAUUCCUCAUAUGUUAUGGUACUUUUAAAUAAAAUGGUAGUUUUGUCUAUAAAUACAACUACUCUUUUUAAGUUAGUUAGUGUAUACUUCAUAUUUAAUUAGAGGAAAAAAAUCUUGCACUCAUUUGUAAAUAUGUUUCUUAGUGUAUGUGUAAAUGUAAAUAAAAUUUUAUCAUUGA